AUGUGCUCGCUGUUGCCCGAGCGCUCGCGCAGAGACGCGGCAGCAGCCUGGGAAACGCGUUGUCCGUCCUCGCGCGCCGUGGUUUCAGGCGGGCGGAAACCGACGACACAGGCGACGUCCCGACCUUUCGGGUCGCUCCCGAUGCGGGCCCAAUCACCAGCGAAGAUGUCCGGAGGGCGCUCACCGAUUGGCCAUGAUCGCGUUGCCCGACGUCAACGUGUUGAUUGCGCUCGCCUGGCCCAAUCACGUACACCACGACGCGGCCCGCUCAUGGUUCGCGGAGAGCCGCGCCACCGGGUGGGCGACAUGUCCGGUCACUGA